GCGCCCUCUCGCGGCGCCUAAACAGCAUCCUCCAUGCAACACCAGCAGCUUGAAACACCCGCUAUGCGUUCCCCUCCAUCCAUUUUUAAGCCUCCAGCCCGUAUAUGCUCGACACUGUCGACACCGUUGGCGCACGAUGCAUCGAUGUAAGUCGGCUUGUGGUAAACGGGCGUCUACGAAUGACCAGUCCAUCGCAGUCGUGGUUCCAUAGGCGCCUCGUCCCUUGAUUAUUGUUCUACUAACAUAAUGGCAACUCCAUCGCCUGUACACAACUUCAUCUCUGGGAGCAUCCUCCGUGCGCUGCCUUUGGCAAUCUGCUAGGGUCUGGUACCAUGUUAUUAGCGUGCGAGACACUGAUGAACCAUCUACAAAAACCAUAAUGCAAAGGCGUCAACAUCCUGCGCUGGACGAGGACAACGACGACGACAAUGAUCAGGAGUUCUGGGAGCAAAUAUGGAGCGAACAGACGGUGCCAAACGACAGCAUGGGGGAGCGCGUCUUGGCUACCACUACUGCUGCUACAGACUCGGACGCGAACAUUGUAUGGUCCACGGCCUAUGUGACUGUCUAUGUGCCCACAUCGACCCGAUAUAUCUCGGUGGCGAACACUUCAUCAUCAUUAUCACCAUCAACAUCAUCAUCAGAAGUGGCAUUGUCAACUCCAUCCCAAACGGCGCGAUUUUCGUCGACACCGAUUGUAUUGUCUCCGGGAAUCUACUCGGGGCCUGCAAAGUCUACGAGCAAAUCUCCCAGGGUAGUGCCAGGAUCCUUGGCCACCAGCUCAUCAGAUUCAGGACCUAGUAAAAGUAGUGCUACAUUAUCACUUCCGACCGACAAUGCACUUUUGAACGCAACAUCAAGCAGCAAUGCAACCAUGGGCAGCAUCGCAGAGUCCAUGCCGUCGGGACAAAAGCGUGCUAUCGUAGGUGGUCUAUCGGGAACCAUUGCAGGCCUCAUUCUCAUAGGGCUCCUCAUAUUUCUGGUGCUGCGCAGACGGCGAAAGCAACAAGAAGCACGCGACUUUGACGAAGACUCCGUGAGCGAGAAGGGAGCCUACUCCUCUGAUGUCGUGCAAAAGUGGGGUGGUAUCGCCACAGCUACUCCCAUCGGUCGAGGCUCACCUAGAGACUCCCAACAUCGACCUUCAAGCGCGACCCAGAUAGCCGUGGACGAGGAGCACCGCAUUAUCAGAAUGAGCACACGACACUGGCCUCGGCCGUAUGCCAUGGGAGAAGGCGAAGGCUAUAGGGAAUCAGUGCCAACUGGGCAGCUCCGUGUCGUCAAUCCGGACGUGAUGAGGCCAGCCACACCGCGAAGGCCCUCUACCGAGACAGUGGCCAGCUAUUUGCGCAGGCAGCAAUCGGCCUUAGCGGCAUUCUCAUUCGGCCUGCCCAAAUCCGCCAGGCAUUCGCGAAUCGAGCAACUUACACGCGCUGGACAGACACCAAGCACCACCAUUGCCCUCGUGGAUCCGAGUCUGUCGCGAGAAUGUGUCGUAGGCACGCCCUCAUUCAAGUCCUUUGUUUCCCUGGGAUCUUUGCCUACAAUACGACAACAUCCACCCGAAGAUCCCUUCCUUACUCCUCUCCCGGAAUGCGAUUGCGACGCAUUACCACCACUACCACCACCUUCGGCAAGAGGCACGCAACGACGACCGAGUGCAACCCCUCUGCAGCAAAACCCUGCAAAUUCGACGAGCAGGACUCUCAGUCAACGCGGCUAUAAUCUUCUUCUCCAACCCUUCCGACCGAAAUCUAGCAAUGUGCCCACUGCACAACAGAAGCAGAAGCAAACAUAUAUUUCUUCUCCGACUGACUCAUGUCCCCCCUCUUCUUGUUCUUCUUCUCCUUCUUAUAUUCGAAUGUCAGGACGAAGCGAUCCUUUUGAUCUGGAUCACCCGAGCGUCCGCGGAAGCCACAUUACCAUUACUAUGACGGGAGCGGGAGGAGGAGGAGGAGGAGGAGGAAUCUCACUAUAUGAAGGUACCUGAUCAACAAGAAAGGACUUGGAUCUUGUAACCCAUGCAUAUGUAUAUCGGGCUCUCCAGCCCUCGGAAAUGAUGUCUGACGAAAGAAGCAAAGAAAUAUGAUUGAUUAUCUACAUGUAGCUAGCUGGCUAGCUGGCUACUGCAUUACAUGAGCCUAACCCAGAUACCC